AUGUUGGAAAACGGCCUAUUGCUUGGGGUGUUUAUUUUAAUUUUAAUGUUAUGUGAAUGCAUCACCGAGACUCAUGAACAUGGAUUAAAAGUUCGCAGAAGCAUUAUUGAUCCUUAUGGACCGCCACCCUUUGCUCCAUUUGGGGCUAUACCUCCGUUUGGUGGUUUACCUCCUUUCGGUGGUUUACCUCCAUUCGGCGGUGGUCUACCUCCUUUCGGUGGUUUCUUUCCACCAUUCCCACCUCCAUUUCCCCCACCGCCGUUUCCACCACCAUUUGGCGGAGCAUUUCCACCGCCUUUAGGACCACCUAUACCUUUGCCACCACCGGCUGUUUUACCCUCGCCUUUUCCAUCACCAUUCCCAUUGCCAUUUUAUCCGCCCGCGCCACCUUUUGGAGCUCCCUUUGGUUAUCCAUUUGCUCCACCGGCUUAUCCAUACGCACCGCCUCCACCAGCUCCUGCCCCACCACCACCGCCUCCGCCAGCUCCCGCACCAACGCCAAUUAUUUUGCCAGCUCACACUGCGGCAACAUUAAGUGUCGCAUCAUUGCUACACGCUUUGAUUGCUAAGAAAUUUUAUCCACCGGUGGUACCGUUUCCCGUACCUAGACCAGUACCAUUUCCCGUCACAGUCAAGGUACCUGUUCCUGUUCCCGUUGAUCGGCCACAUCAUGUAACCAUCUUAAAGCCAGCCAAUCAUAUUGAUGAGCCCGUUAUCCAUGAUGAACCUUAUCACGAAAUGAAUAAUGAAUGGCAUUCCUCACCACCAAAUGAUUGGCAUUCCCCACCGCCAAAUGAUUGGCAUCCAUCGCCGCCUGAUGACAUACAUUCACAUUAA